CUGUGUCGAAGGUCAGUCCAGCACAAUGGAGCUGCCAGAGUACGUCCUGAAAGGGUUGCAAUUGCUGGCCGAUCCCAGCCACUUCUCCAACAAAACAUUCCGCAUUUUAGUGGAAGCGGCUUUCGAGAGCCUCAUAAACCCACAAACAGACGGAGCAGUAUUCGGCCAUGUAGAGCUGGGAAAUUUGGACUUGACUUUGCUGAAACAAUGCCAUGUAGCCAUCGCAACCUGUGUGUUGGAGGCAGGGAAACAAAACGCUGACAAGUCGACUAUAAGCUCGUUACUUGAAGACUGUAGAUUUGGAGCAGAAAGGAUAGACAUAUUUUGCACAGCAUACCAGAAGAACAAACAGAAAGUAGAAAUCUUAUUAGGAGGCAUAGGAAGAUUUCCUUCUCAUAUCAUUGAUGCUUCUUGGCGCCUGGAGUAUCACAUUCGGAAUAACCAUCUUCACAAAGUCAAUCAACCGGCAUAUUUAGUAACCUUAAAUGUUGAGAACGGGCAGUCCCGGAAAGCUCACGACAUUACUUUCCGUUGUACCAUGGAGCAGUUGCAGGAUCUUUUGGGAAAGUUGAAGGACGCGGCUAAAAGCAUGGAGAAGGCGAGUCAAAUGGAAAAUAUAGCUAUUCUCUAUAUUUCUACUCAGCUUCCAGGACGCGGCCACUUUAGUCAGAAAAUGCACCGAACAACACGAAUCAAAAUAACUGAACUGAACCCUCAUUUGAUGUGUGUGUUGUGUGGAGGAUACUUCAUAGAUGCAACAACCAUCAUUGAGUGCCUACAUUCAUUUUGUAAGACCUGCAUCGUCCGUUACUUGGAAACCAGCAAGUACUGUCCCAUUUGCGACGUGCAAGUUCACAAAACUAGGCCCCUUCUUAACAUUAGGUCAGAUAAGACGUUACAAGAUAUUGUGUAUAAAUUAGUUCCCGGCCUUUUCAAAGAUGAAAUGAAACGUAGAAGGGACUUUUAUGCUGCUCAUCCUUCUGCUGAUGCAGCAAAUGGCUCUAACGAAGACAGGGGUGAAGUUACAGAAGAAGAAAAGAGGAUUAUAACAGAUGAUGAAAUCAUUAGUUUGUCAAUAGAAUUCUAUGAACAAAAUAAGACUGAACGAAAAGAAAUUUCAGAAAAAGAGAAAACAAAAGAUGAGAUGAAUGACAAGAGAUAUUUGCGAUGUCCAGCAGCAAUGACUGUGAUGCAUUUAAGAAAAUUCCUUCGAAGUAAAAUGGACAUCCCUCAAACAUUUCAGAUUGAUGUUAUGUAUGAAGAUGAACCAUUGAAAGAUUAUUACACUCUUAUGGAUAUUGCCUACAUUUAUGCAUGGAGGAGGAAUGGACCACUUCCUCUAAAAUAUCGAGUCCAGCCAACAUGCAAAAGAAUUAAAAUUGGUAAUCAACAAGAUGGAUUCAAUAACACCAGUGGAGAGGUAGAAAGUGACUCUGGGAGUGAUAAGGCUAAUAGCCCAACUGCUGCACCAUCCACAUCAUCAUCACUGCCCAGUCCCUGCACUCCAGGGCAGUCUCCACAUCCACACUUUCCUCAUAUAUCUACUACCAUGAAUGGUUCCUCCAAUGCCAAUACCACCAAUCAGAUCCCACUCAGCAAUAACAGACCACGCAAAUCAUCUGUCAAUGGCUCAUCGGUGUCAUCAGGCUGACAGUAUUCACCACAUUGGUACUAUACAUAUUCGAAGGCCUGUUCAUAUGAUGUGAUAAUAUAUAGAUAGAGAAUGCUUAGCAUUGUGAGCAUUGUUAACAUCACUAUUUUGUAGUGACUUGUACUUUUUGGUUUAAAGCAAGAGACAAGAUGUGGCUAUGCCAAAAAUAGCCUUGACAACAUCUUUUGCUCCUCCACAAUGAUUUUUCCAACUUUUGGGAAUGUGAAAUAGCAAUGGAUCUACAUCACUGCAAUAUGUAUUGCAAAGACUUAAGGACAUGUGCAUCAAGAAAGUGUUGGAUCUGAUGACACAUUUUGAUUCACUGGAGAUGAUAUUGACAGUGAAAGAUGAAGGAAGGAAAGCUGGGAAGGCAAUUAUUGUAAAGAUAUAAACGUUGGAAGAUAUUUUGUAUAACUGUUUUAAUUGAAUUGAAGUUUACUAUAUCUAUAUAUCAACAUACUUUUAAUUUGCUGGUAUUGCAUUGUGAUAUUGACUGUACAGAUGAAAUAUAAGAAGGCUAGUGAUUUUUUUUCCACUAAAAGAAAUGAUCAAUAGGAAAAAAAAGUUCUUUUUAGCCAUUUCACUGUGAAAACUGAUUUGACAGUAGAUGUCAGCAUCGAUGGUUGUUAAAUGUUUUCCUGCAGCAUUAGUAUACAUACAAGAAAAUAUGAAAUGAUCAAUCUGAAAUAAAAAUGUUUUCAUGAUUUUA